AUGUGCAAACCGAAAAAGACACGUAAAGAUCUGAACGUUCCGGAAUGGGUUGUUUCUGAAUACAAAAGCCGACCCCAAAAUGAAACAGCAGCUCUCCUGGUGAAUUGCAACUUUGAUAAGGCACAGUUUAUCGCUUCGCUGGAGAUUGUGGUCAAACGCCGGUCAUCCCAAAAGGUGACCAUUGAUGAGGAAUGGCUGUCUGAGAAAGAAAUGAAGGAUGACUAUGGAUGGUCUACGAAAAACCUUUACGAUGGCGUAGAGGAGUACUACGUCGUUGUCAAGGAGAAAGGACAGCGGGAACAGGAACAUGUUGAAGAGGAGACACGGAGCAAAAGGAAAGCCUUGGAGGCUUCUGAGGAGCCGAACCUGUCGGCCAAUGCACUUGCCGGCCUCAAAGCGAUGGAGGACCGACAUGCUGCAGAGGCUGCAGAACCAGCAGAUUCUACAAGCAGCCAAGCCGAUGAGAAGAAGCUGCGGAAGUUCUUGGAGUCGAUGAUUCAGAAGUCAGGCAAAAUCAGGUCUUUGGUGCGGGAGAUCGCCGAUGUCUACUCAAAAAGUGAUGUCCUGCAGAAGUCCAAGCGCCAGCUGGAGGACGAACUCCAGAAACUUGAUGGCCAGUACGAUGUCUGCAACAAUGUGAUGGCCAAGGGUGAGGUGAAUGGAUUUGGGCCGGAGUGCUCAACGGCCUGCGCAGCGGAAGCAAAGACGAGGAAUGCGAAACGGUAUGAGAAGAAGGACGCUGAUUUGCCCGGAUCCCCACCUGUGAAAAAGGAGAAGAAAGAUAAGACAGACAAACGUGCUGGCAAUGCCGUGAAAGCAUUCAGCAAAGACAUCGGCCAAGGUGUUCUGGCCUCAAAGGGCGGGGACGGUCUGGGACAGCCACUGGUGACGGCCUGGCGGCCGGAAAUGGGCAAGGUUUGGGAGGCCUGUCGUCAUCACUCUGUCCUCCCGUCGCCCCUUCAGUCCCGGAAUGGUUGGCACAUCUACCACUUGAACUUCAAGGGAAUAAGUAAGCGUGGAUGCAAAAACAUGCGAUUGGGGGGGGACACCGUGAACACAGAGGAAGUGGACGGUGUCUCAAGCUGCAGAGCUGCAAUCAGAGCAGCGAAAGGCAUUGUGAGCGAUCUUGGAGAGGAUGUCGCGGCAAAAAGCCGUGGGCUCACAGAGUUGAGCCGUUGUCAUGAAACUACUAGCGAAAGGGAUGUUGAAAGAUUAACAAGAAAAUUCAAUCUUUCGCUCCGCAUUCCAAUCACUGAACUGCAGAAAUCCCCUGGAGUGCGGUACACAGGGACAUUCCAUGUGAUCGCUUUGCGGGAUUGGAUUCAAUAUAUAGUCAGCCAUGGCUUAUGGCAUGUGCUUCUUGGCCUCCACAACGCAGAUGGCAAAAGAGAAAGGGCAAUUCUUCGUGAGUUUUGGAGACUUUAUCGGAUAGCCCAUCCGCAGCAUCAACUGUUUGACGCCAUUCAGAAGUAUGCCAUCGAUGAGGGUCGACUCCUUCCAGUUUUGAUGCAUGGAGACGAGGGGCGAGGGAGAAAGAAAUCUCCAUUUCUCGUCACAUCCUUCCAUUCAGUUUUAGGCUUUGGAACCAACUUGGCCAACAGCGAAAGGAAAAGAAGAAAGUAUUUGAGCAUGAAACUUAACUACUGCGGCUCAACGAACACAAGCAGAAUGAUUUCUGGGUGCCUGCCCAAAAUGAGCAAAGAUGAAGCCGCGCUUCAGGAUCUUCUGACUUAUACGACGGGCGAUUGCUGGCGCAUGCUUGAGCAUGGAGUUUUGGAUGCUGAUGGUCAGCGAUACCAUGCUGCCUGCAUCAAUGCAGUGGGUGACUGGAUGUGGCUUGCAAAAGCCGGUAACCUGGAAAGGUCAUUUUCAAACGUGCCCAAGAAACCUUUGGUCGCUGGCUCGCGGCCAAAGGGCAUUUGCCACCUUUGCUUGGCAGGCCGCCCUGGGUUUGACUUUGAGAAUUUGAGCUCUGAUCCCGCAUGGCUGGGUACUUUAUUCACACCCGGAGACGAGCCAUGGAAGUCUAAACCAAUUUUAUUGAGUUUGCCUCACGACCCAGCCCGGGCUGCAGGAUUCUUUGCCUACGAUGUCUGGCACGCUUUUCACCUCGGCUUAGGAAAGUCGUUUGUGGCAGCAGUGCUGGCUUGUAUUUCGGAUCGCUUUGGAGCGAGCACAGUGGAUGCUAGGUUUUUAGAGUUGACAGACUUAUAUUUACAAUUCUGUGACGAGUCUCGCGAGCCAGCAUAUAUCACUGCAAUUACCAAGGAAUCUUGCGAAUGGCCUGAUCGGAAGACCUUCCCUAAUGGCCAAUGGCAUAAAGGCCAUGGCACGACCACGUUACUUCGUUUCUUGGAAAGCUGGUUCUCCAAAAACAAUGUUGCGGAUGAUCUCAUUUUAUCCAUGUGUGCCGAAGCAGUUGUGGUUCUCAACCGCUGUUUUCACGAAAUGUACGCCAGUGACCUGUGGCUUGAAGUUUCUGCUUGCCAUCGCAUCGGUGGCAUUGGAAUGCAAUUUCUGUGUCUGUAUCAACGGCUGGCGUUGGAAGCUUUUUCUCAGUCCAAAGCCCUUUUCGCUUACCUUCCCAAGUGCCACAUCGUGCACCAUAUAAUGAUGGGUCUUGCCAAGGCUCAUGUUGCCAGCCUGAACCCUUUGACUUUCGGAGUACAGAUCGAUGAGGAUUUCAUCGGGAAGAAGAGCAGAGUAGCGCGCCGCGUGGCGCCUACUCAGGUAAUCAAAAGAGUUCUUCAACGAUCACUGCAGAUCGCGUAUGCUGAUUGGCAGGAAGCGGGUUACAUCAAGUAA